AUGGCCUCUUCCAUAGAUGUAACAUCGGCGUCAGCGAACGGCAUAGAGGUAACGGGACGCGACGAACCCAUUGUCGAGAAUGGAUCAGGCAUCGUCGAGACGUGGAUAUCGCUCCAGUUCACCUGGUCUGGGCGUUCUUUCUCGCUAGACAUCGCGGAUACCGAUACCGUGUAUGAUCUCAAAGGCUACCUUCAUGGCCAGACUCGUGUCCCGCCCGAGCGCCAGAAGAUCUUAGGCCUCGUCAAAGGCAAACUGCCACCUGAUCAAGUACGCAUCUGGCAGUCUGGGAAGAAGUUUUCGCUCGUUGGAACGCCAGAGGGCGAUGAGAUCAAGGAUCCAUCGGCGUUGGAAGCGCUCCCUGACAUCGUCAAUGACUUCGACCUGGACGUGUUGCUCCUGGAUUUCACGUCUAGGAACCGUUACCUCACUGACCCGCGGAACGCUCGCAAGGUGAAGGAAUACACGUCCAAGACGCAUAUCAAUUUCAUCCAUCCGGUACGUCCAGGCAAGAAGUUGUUGGUACUGGAUAUCGACUAUACGAUCCUGGAUACGAAGCCUUUGACGUCUGGAAGCCUGCCACCCGCUGAAUGCGCGCGCCCUGGCCUGCAUGAAUUCUUAGAGGCAAUCUAUCCGUUUUAUGACAUCUGUAUAUGGUCCCAGACGAGCUGGAUUUGGCUGGAGACUAAAUUGGUAGAAUUGGGUAUGGUUGGAGGUAGUCGCAAUUAUCAGAUCUCGUUCGUACUAGAUAAGACGAGCAUGUUCACUGUCUUUAGUCAACGCGACAACAAGCCGUGGCAGCAUUCUGUCAAGCCACUACAGAUCAUAUGGAAUCUUAUACCCCAGUUUGGCGCCCGUAAUACUAUACACAUAGAUGAUCUUAGUCGUAAUUUCGCUCUUAAUCCUGGUCAGGGCCUCAAGAUCCAUGCGUUCAAGAAUGCCCAUACACCAGAGGCCUUGAGAGAUCGAGAGCUGGAGAAGGUGGCAAGGUAUAUGCUAUCUAUUGCUAAUAUCGAGGAUUUCAGGACGUUGGAGCAUGGUAAUUGGAAGGACGCACUGAAGAAAUUGCCGCGUCCCUGA